CACUGUCGAAGAGGACUUCCGGGUUGAAGGUCAGGUAGCCAUAUUGUCUGUUGAGGCGGAUUGGGGAAAAAAGAAGCAGGCGCUGACACCGAUCACAGUGGAUCCUAGUGCGUUAAAACAUACAGUCUGGAUCCAGACUUUUAAACUAUAGUGUACAGCUAUGUGGGAUCAAGGCAGUCAACCAUGGCAGCACUGGCCUUUAAGUCAGCAGCAAUGGGUGCAGAACUUCCAGCAUCAGCAAGAUCCAGGUCAAGUCGAUUGGGCUGCUCUGGCACAAGCAUGGAUUGCUCAGAGAGAGUCCACUGGGCAAACAGUUGUGGAUCAGCAAGCAAUCCAACCUAAUGGACAGGAAAUGCCAGGACUAGAUCCUGGGCCUAACAAUCAUGGGAAUUUUCAGAGUGACCCUAAUUUUAAUAGAAUUUGGCAGCCAGAGUGGGGUAUUCAUCCUCCUCCUCCCCCUCCUCCUCAUCCACCUCCUGAGCAGCAGUGGAUUCCACCUACUCCUACACCGAUGGAUACAGUACCUCCCUCCGAAGAUAGCAACAGCCAGGAUAGUGUUGAGUUUGCUCCAGAAUCGAGGCAUAAUAUGUUUAACCAAAAUAAUCACAAUUUUGGGGGGCAACCAGAUGGCUUUACAAUGGCUCCUAUUCCAGUGAACCAGUUUGACUAUCAGCAUGGUGCUGCAGCUUUUGGUCCCCCUUCAUCUGGAUUUCAUCCCCCUUACUGGCAACAGGGCCCUACACAAAAUCGCAGAGAAAGGCCCCCUGCAUUUCGUGAACGGCAGCGGUCACCAAUACAGAUGCCUGUGAAACAAGAGCCCCCUCCACUUGAUGCUGUGAAAAGGAGGACACUCCCAGCUUGGAUACGUGAAGGACUCGAAAAAAUGGAGAGGGACAAACAGAAAAAGCUAGAGAAAGAAAGAAUGGAGAAACAGCGUGCAGAAAUGGCAAAAGAUGAAAAAUCUAAAGAGGAACCAGAACAGGAGGAAGAUGAUGGACCUCGAUUACCACGUAAAAGCAAGUUUGACAGUGAUGAUGAAAAUGAAGAGGAGGAGGAGGAAGAGGAGGAGGAGGAAGAAGAGGAGGACGAUGAAAAGGAUGAAGAUAAAAGAAUUGAAAUAAAAAGCCAGAACCCAGAAAGCAGAAGUCCUUCUCCAGCACCUGAGGAACAGAGUGAACCAGAGAUGACUGAUGAAGAAAGAGAAUUUCAACUGAUGAUGUUGACAAAAACAAUUCUAACAGAAGUUCUUCUAGAAGUUACCAAUGAAGAAAUUUAUAAUGUGGCUAAAGAUGUUCAUCGCAAAGCAACGAAAGCUCCUGCAAAGCAGCUGGCACAGUCCAGUGCACUGGCUUCUCUAAGUGGACUUGGUGGGCUGGGUGAGUACGGUUCUGAUGACAGUGAAGAUGACAAAAGUGAGAGAGGCUCUGAAUCUUCUGACACUGAUGAUGAAGAGCUGCGACACAGAAUCAGGCAAAAGCAGGAUGCCUUUCGAAGAAAAGAGAAAGAGCUACAGCUCAUUUUGGAAAGACAGCAAGCAGAAGAUGAAAAACAAGUUGAUCGGAUUAACAAAGAGAUGAAAGACCAUGAGAAAGAUCAGAUUGUUAGUUUGGUUAAACAAGAAGUUAAAGAAAGAGAGCCUGAGUCAGUAUCUGAGAAAAGAAAGUCUCGAGUUGACACUGAACUUAGUGAGCCUAAAAGGCCAGUGAAGGAAAAGGAGUGGUCAGGUAGGAGUAGAAGUCAGACCUCUUCAGGCAGCAACAGCAGAAGCAGCAGCAGUGAAAGCAGUAGCUCUAGUAGUAGCAGUAGUAAAUCAAGCAGCUCUUCUAGCUCAAGUUCCAUUAGCAGUAGAAGCUCCUCACGUUCCUCCAGCCCCAGGAGAAAGAAGAAACGAAGUAGGAGCAGAUCUCCCUCUCACAGAGCCAGGCAGCGUAGCCGCAGCCGAAGUAAAAGCUCUCGUAGACACAGGAGAGAACUAAGUAGAGACAAAGGACGAGAUAGGAGGAAAUCCAGCAGAAACAGAAGCACAGAGAGGUCAAGGAGACGAAACCAUAGCCGCUCCCGAGAUCAAAGGAGCAGUAGAGACCAGCGGAGGAGCAGAUCAAAAGAAAGAGUCAAGGAAAGCCGAAGCCGGAGUAGGGAUAGACGCUGGAAUGAGGAGAGGAGACGAAGUUCUAGCAGGAGUAGACGUAAACAGAAAGGCGGUAGCAAAGAUCGAGAAAGGAGGAAGGAAAGAAGUCGGAGCAAUGACAGAGAUAAAAAGAAGAAAGAUAAAGAACAGGAAAAAAAACGAGAGAGGCAGAAAAUAAAAGAAAAGGAGAAACAUGAAGAAAAGGAUUACAAAUCAGCAAGUCAGGAUGACAGAACAGGUAGUAAAACGAAGAGGAAAAGAGAGGGUGAACUGACAGAUCUCCGCAGUGAGUCGUCUAACAGGAUCUCCCGUCAGGAUAGCCGUUCCAGUAAGAGAACCUCUAUGAAGAACCCCAAAAGGGAUUCAGAUUCAGAGUCUAGUGGUAGGAGCAGUCCUCAUUCCAUAGAGAUUAGUAAGGAGAGGAGAUCAAAGAAAUCCAAACGUAGUCGUUCACAAUCAACGGAAAAAUCUCACAAGUCUGGUAAGAAGGCAAGCCGCAAACACAAGUCUAAGUCACGAUCAAGGUCAGUUACACCUGUACGUCGCAAGCGUUGAGGAGUAACAUUGCACCUGAACCGUGCUCUUUAUUUUAAAAUUCCAUGAGUUUUAAAAUGCCUUGUCUCAUUAUAGAGGCAACUGUGUAGGUGAAAUACCAAAAAAGGAAAAAAAAAUUGUAAAUAAAUGUAAUUUUUUUAUGUGCUGUCCACAAAUCUGAACUUUUUGAAUUUUAGGUUUUGUUUGUACUGGUAGAUAAAGAGUCAGUAGUUAAUAAACAUACAUAUAUAUAUAUAUAUAUAUAUAUAUAUAUCUCAGCACAGUUUUCUUGUAGCUGUACAUUUUUUAAAACAAAACAUUGUUCAUGUCAAUAAAAAUAAACUGGCCUGAAAAAAAUGUAA